AUGGGAUCACGACGAUGGCCAUAUCUCACCGGCCUUAUUGCCCUGGCAGCCUCUACUACAGUGCUCUGUGUCGGUACCUCACUUGGCCUGUGGAUCGCCGGACGUCUUCCAGGGCGCAUCCGCAGGAGUUUUCUGGACGGACCACUACUUGGAGGUGUGAUCUACCAGAAUGGUGGUUAUUACGCCGUAUUUGGCACCGCAUUCGGGUUGAUUGGGGUUGACAUCUUGUUGAGAAUUGCUGUUAUUGAAAAAAAGCACGCGAGACGAUGGCUGGAGAAUGGCGGGCUUCAGGAAAUCACGAUGAGUGCUCGAAGAAAAUCAGAGACCAAGGCGACGCUCAAUAUCACAUCCACUCCCGACGCACCUCGAGAUGAGGAGAAUAAUAUCUGCAGGCCAGUGAAUGCUACUCGGGAUGCUCCAUCUACAGACCUUACUUCGACUGUCAACUCCGGGCGCCGUCUCCCUACUGCUCUCAUUCUCCUUUUCUCCCCGCGCCUACUUUGCGCCUUCUGGGGUUUCCUCAUAGUAAGCCUUCUUCUUGGUGCAUUCGACGGCGUCCUUCCCCUCUUCGUCUUCGACAUCUUCCACUGGAAACAGGCAGGUCAAGGUCUGAUCUUUAUUCCCCUUUCUGUACCCCAGCUCGUCGAGCCCGCUGUCGGAGCUCUCAUCGACCGGCUUCCGCAUUCCCGACGCUAUCUGGCAUUCGGGGCGUUCCUCUGCACCAUUCCACCCUACGUCUGUCUUCAAUUCAUCUUACAUGACUCCAUAGAGCAUAAAGUGCUCCUCUGUGGGUUACUUUUCACUUUGGGGCUUUGUAUCGCCUUUAUUCUUCCUGCAGCAGGGUACGAGAUCAAUGCGGUGGUCGUUGAGAAGGAGCAAAUAGAUCCGCAAGCUUUCGGAAAAGGAGGUGCUAUAGCACAGGCAUAUGGCCUGACACCUGACAAAUUUAGCAUUUGCUCUGGGUAG